AUGGUGUCAAAAAAGGCAACUCCUAUUUUUGCAAAUAAGGAGGAUGGCAAUUUCAGAGAGGCUUUAAAAUUAUAUGAUCUGAAACAAUACAAGAAAUCAUUAAAACUAGUGGAUGCAAAUUUGAAAAAAAAUUCAAAUCAUGCAGAAUCAUUAGCAUUGAAAGGUUGUAUAUUAUUUUAUACUGGACAUAAAGACGAAGCUGGAACAUACAUAAAUAAAGCCAUCACAAAAGACUCUUCAAAUUAUUUAGUUGAUCAUUUAGUUGGAUUAUAUUAUAGAGGGUUAGAAAAUUAUGUUGAAGCAGCUAAAUGGUUAAAAGCAGCUAAUGAUAAUGGAUCUCCUAAUAAACCAAUAUUGCGUGAUUUAUCGUUUAUGCAAGCUCAAAAUAGAGAUUUUAAAAAUUUGGUUGAAAGUAGACAACAAUAUUUAGAACAUGCACCUGGGUUUAGAGCAAAUUGGACAGGUGUAGCUAUAGCUCAGCAUUUAAAUAAAGAUUAUAAUGGAGCAAUUGGAACUUUAAAUAAAAUCGAAGGAAUAAUAAAGGAUCAUUUAACGGAAAAUGAUAUGUAUGAACAUAGUGAAUGUGUGUUAUAUAAAAUUCAAAUUCUUGCAGAAUCUGGAAAAAUUACAAACGCAUUAGAAGCAUUGGAACAUGAUAAAGAUAGUAUAAAAGAUAAUUUAUCAUAUUUGGAGUAUAAAGCAAAAUAUUUAUUAUUAUUAGGGAACAAAAAGGGAGCUUCAGACAUUUAUAGAGAGCUUUUGAAAAGAAAUCCAGAUAAUAAAGAUUUUUAUACUUUAUUAGAAGUUGCAUUAGAUAUAUCAAAUGAGCUGCCAGAGAUUCGAUUAAAACUUUAUGAAAAAUUACAAACAUUUUAUCCAAAAUCAGACCCACCAAAAUAUAUUCCAUUAACAUUUUUACCAUCUGAUUCAAUUUUAUUUAAAAACAAAUGUCGAGACUAUAUAAUACCUCAGUUAUUAAGAGGUGUACCUGCUACAUUUGUUAAUGUUAAACCAUUAUAUCAAGAUCAAGAUAGAUUGAAAAUUAUUGAGGAAAUUGUUAUUGAUUUUCUUGAAAAUGAAGCAUUUAAAAAUCCAAAUCCAACAGUCACUGUGUGGACUUACUUUUACCUUGCACAACAUUAUUUGUACACAAACAAUCUUGACCUAGCUACUAAAUAUAUUGACUUAGCAUUAGAUCACUCCCCAACUUUAGUUGAAUUAUACAUCAUAAAGGCGAGAAUUUUAAAACAUUUGGGAGAUUUGCAAAAAGCGUCUGAGAUCAUGACUCAAGGACGAGAACUUGAUUUACAAGAUAGAUUUAUCAACUCCAAAGCAACAAAAUAUUUACUAAGAGCUAACAAAGUGGAUGAAGCUAUAGAUUGUAUAUCAUUAUUCACAAAAUUGGAUGAAGGUGCAAUUAAUGGAUGUAAAGAUUUACAUAUUAUGCAAGUAAAUUGGGUAAUAAUAGAAAGCGCCGAAGCAUACGCCAGAAUUUAUCAUGAAUUAGAAGAGAAAUUGAAAGAUUCCACAUUUGAUAAAGAUAGUGAAGAGUACGAACAUGCAUUAGAAGAAAUUGAAUCAUAUAAAGGCUUAGCAUUAAAAAGAUUCCAGGCUAUUCUCAAAACUUUUAAAAUUUAUUACAAUGAUCAAUACGAUUUUCAUUCAUAUUGUUUAAGGCGAGGAACACCAAGAGACUAUAUAGAUACAAUUAAAUGGGAAGACAAAAUCAAAUCAUCACCUGUAUAUAUUAGAGCAUUAAAAGGAUUAUCGGAAUUAUAUUUCGAAUUAUAUGAAGAACAACAACAUUUAUCAAAAUCUGAUACGAAAGAAGAUGAUUUCAAGAUUAAAAAGAAUGGUAAGAAGCAGAAAAAGGCAAAAGCUCAAAAUAACAAAAAGAAGCUGGAACAACUGGCAAAAGUAGAAAGUGAAAAAGAUGAUCAAGAUCCAUUUGGAGUUAAAUUACUUCAUGAGUUACAAGAUUCGGACAUUAUUGAACAAUUAUUUGAAUUAUUCCAAGAUAUGAAUGAACAAGCACCAAGAUCAAAAUUAGUGUGGGAAAAUUUAUUUAAAAUUUACUCAGCUCAAGGAAAAUAUGUCUUGGCGUUACAAGCAAUAAAGAGUUUAGAUAAAGUUUUAAACUCAAGUGGUGAUAGGAAAUUAAAAGAUAUUGGUGAAAAGAUAAUUACACUUUCGCAAACUACUCAAGAGGAUAAAAAUGCAAAUCAAGCAAUUGUUAAGGUCGUUGAAAAAGGUUUAAAUUCAGCAUAUCCAGAUUUUGAAAAAUUAUCAAUCUCGGAAUUUACAGAAGUAUAUAGUCAAUAA